UGACCCUCCGGCGGAUACCGGUUCCCGGCUUUUCCCUCCGACUUUUGUCUUCGUCGUCGAUCAUCAGCCCGCGAGCCGCUGAUCGAGUAUCGUUGCUGCGCCAAUUCCUGUAACGGUAUAAUUGGAUCGUCCACACGAUCACGCUUCAAACGCGUGAUUACAAAGUUUUAUAGCACAUUCUAUCGCUGGUCGUGAUUGCUCUCUUGGAUCGCAAUCCUCGUUGUGAUUGCUCUAUUGGAUCGCAAUCUUCGUCAUGAUUAAUCUUCUCUAAAUCAAGCGUUUCCGUGUCCGAGUGACCGCUCUUCCUGGAGGCGUUUUCCGCGUAAUCGUGCGUUCCCGAUUUUCACUCAACCUACAAAAAAUUCACGAUCAAAAUGGCAAAUGAGCCCGAUAUGCCCACUUUCAAAUGUGUGCUAGUUGGCGAUGGUGGUACUGGCAAAACUACUUUUGUCAAACGGCAUCUAACCGGUGAAUUUGAGAAGAAAUAUGUUGCAACUCUGGGAGUCGAGGUUCAUCCGCUGAUUUUCCAUACCAAUCGUGGACCGAUUCGCUUCAAUGUCUGGGACACAGCUGGCCAAGAGAAGUUUGGUGGCCUUCGUGACGGCUAUUACAUUCAAGGACAAUGCGCCGUUAUUAUGUUUGACGUUACAUCCAGGGUAACGUACAAAAAUGUGCCCAAUUGGCAUAGGGAUCUGGUUCGCGUCUGCGAAAACAUACCGAUUGUUCUUUGCGGUAAUAAAGUUGAUAUAAAGGACAGAAAAGUUAAAGCCAAGAGUAUCGUGUUUCACAGAAAGAAGAACCUACAGUACUAUGAUAUCAGUGCCAAGAGUAAUUACAACUUUGAAAAACCUUUCUUAUGGUUGGCUCGCAAGUUGAUUGGAGAUCCAAAUUUAGAAUUCGUCGCUAUGCCUGCACUUCUGCCACCGGAGGUCACAAUGGAUCCACAAUGGCAGCAACAAAUCGAGAAAGAUCUCAAGGAAGCUCAAGAAACGGCUUUGCCAGAAGACGACGAAGAUCUUUAGUUUAUUUAACUAAGAUCUUUAGUUUAUGGGAAUGGUCUUUACAAAAAGUAAGGCCUAUUAUAUGGUAGAGAGGCUUUAAUCAGAGUGGUGCCAUAUGGCUAACAUCUGUGAUUGGUCCGUUAUGUUUCAGCCAUUCCCACCAGUUUUUUAAUCCUACUAUUUUCAAGAUUGUGUAUUUAUGUUUAAAAAAUUGAAAUAAAUAGACUUUGUAUAUAAAAUAGUGUUAUUACAACAAAAAUAAUGUUAUUACACAAAAUAGAAAUGUACAUCCACCCAUAUUUCUAUAAAAAUAUUAGUAUUGUUUAUUUUGUUUAUCCUGGAUCUACUCGAAGCCAAACAAACGUGGCUAUCUUUAUAUAGAGGAACACUGGAAGUGACUUCCUAGUUUAUUUCAUGUGAUAUGAUUCAAUUCCAAAAUUUCUCCAAUUUAAAGAUAGCCAAGUCUGCUUCGAGUAGACACAGAACAAACAAAACGAACAAUGCUAUUAUAAGUCUAAACAAAUUUGCUGUGUAACCAUGUGUAUAAAGAAAAUUAUUUAAUUGCAUUUCUAAUAUAAAAAUAUGUGUAAAAUGCAACUGGAUAAUUUUCUUUAUGCAUAUUUAGCAUUACACAAGUUUUGUCUGGAUAGGACCUAACUGUAUUAUAAAAUGUAUUAACUGCACCUAACCAUUGAAUCUAAUCUUAUAAUUGAAAUUAAACUAAUAUUGUUGGACAAGUUGAGACCAUACAUUUUCUCACAGAAUUUUGCUUAAACAUGAUGGAACUUCUCUUAUGGCACCAUUCUGAUUAAAGGCUCUCUACUAUACGGGUGCUUCUUGAUUGUAUCGUGCACUCGUACAUCUUUACAGAUUCUUUGAGAAGAAAAGGAUAUAAUUUUUACACACAAAAUACUUAGUUGGAUAUUUUCUGAAUACAUAACAUUCAUAUGUACUUGACUAAUCCAAAUAAAUUAUUUGAAGAGUUUUGAAGUGCAAUUGAAAAAGUUUGUGAGUCAUUCAAUUAAUUAAUUCAAAAUACAAACGAUUCCAUACAAGAUUUUUGUUUAAUUUAUCUCUGGUUAAUUUUUCGAUCAUAUACACGAUGUAAAAAUAAAAAAUUAAUUACAAUUAAUUAAAUGAUUCACAAACCUUUUCAAUUGUACUCCAAAACUUUUCAAAUGAUCAAAUACAAAUGGUUUAAAAUAGUAAUUUCUCUAUCCAGAACUUUGGUCAAGUACAUAUAAAUACAUAACUUCUGUCAACUUGCAUGUUACAUAUAUAGCCUUAAAGAUCGGGGGUUGCUUGAAUGCGUUAUAAUACGAAUUAUGUUACGUGUGUAUGCGAUUUGCACCUGAAUGUCUAGAUUUUAUAAAAUUCUUAUGUAAUAAUGACGAUAUCGCAUAAAUUUGUGAAUUAUAAAUGGAAUAAAGUAAUGGGGAAACUGAAGAAAUAAUUUGUGAAACAAGUUCAUAGAACACAGCCUAUUGCUGAAGCUGAUAUGAAACGAUCGAAAGAAAUUUGUUGCAUUUUCUUUUAUUCGUUUGUAUAGAUGUACGUGCGUGCGUGCGUGUGUAUGUACAUAUAUACAUAAGAAAUGGAAUUGUAUAAGGUGUGCUGUAUAUUAAACACAAUCGCAUUAACCCACUUUAAGGCAUAUCAAAAGUAGCGUUAUUUGUUUAUUUUCAUACUUUCCUAACACAAAAUAUAUAGAAUAAAAACUGCCAUUUCUAAAAUAGAUACAAUUGUAAACCGAACUGCUAUUCAAUUCAAAUGUAGCGAAUAGAACUGCAUUCUGGCACCAAAUGCAAGUUUUUUUUCUUUUUACAAGACUUCGUUUUUUAUAGGAAUUAAUCAGUUAGGUGACUGCGCUAGAAAGAGACACGUUCAAUGCAAGUCUCAUUUCAAUCUCAUUACAAUAGAACAAGACAUAUUUGCUCUCAUUUAAACACAAAUACAUGUGUACUUUCUUGAUAAAACUGCUUAAAGAACUUACUAGUGUGUAACUUGCAUACAAAUGUCGAGAAAACGACUAUCUUUCGUGAAUGUCUCCCGUAAUGUAGUCUCUUUUAAAGAAUGUUUUGAGAUUGAAAUGAAACGGAGAUUCAGUUUGUUGCGUCUGUCCAUUUCAACCAGGACUGUUUGCUAUUUUUAUAUUCAAAAAAAUGAAUGUAAUGAUUUGUUCAACUUAAAUUAUAUGAACACUUUCUAUACAAAAAA